CACUUCAUUUGACGUCAGUCGCCAUUGCGAAUCUUUAACACCAACGCCAUUUUAUUGUGGAUGGUUGCUGAGGAUUAGUCGAAGACAAGAUUUUAUUUUCAAACAAAUUUUCUUAAAUCAACUGAAAUUUAUUAUAAUUAGUCAAUAUGAAACGCGAAGAAGGUGAAAAAAUGGAACCAGAACAGUUCCGCAAAUUAUUUAUUGGUGGAUUAGAUUUCCGUACUACUGAUGAAUCUUUGAAGUCACAUUUUGAACAAUGGGGUACAAUAGUAGACGUUGUCGUUAUGAAAGAUCCUACAACAAAAAGAUCGAGAGGCUUUGGGUUUAUCACUUACUCUAAAGCUCAUAUGGUAGACGAUGCACAAAAUGCUAGACCACACAGAGUGGAUGGAAGGGUAGUUGAACCUAAGAGAGCAGUGCCAAGACAAGAUAUUGGAAGACCGGAAUCAGGAGCUACUGUUAAAAAGUUAUUCGUGGGUGGUAUGAAAGAUGACAUUGAAGAAGAAGAUUUGAAGGAAUAUUUUGGAAAGUACGGAACAAUUUUAACUGUUAGUAUAGUAACAGAUAAGGAGACUGGAAAAAAAAGAGGAUUUGGUUUUGUUGAAUUUGAAGAUUAUGAUUCAGUCGAUAAAAUAGUUUUACAACGUAGUCAUAGCAUUAAAGGGAAACAUAUAGACGUUAAAAAAGCACUGAGUAAGGCAGAAAUGGACCGUGCUCCUAGAGGUGGAGGUAGAGGAGGUCCCGUGGGUGGAGCUGGAAGAGGAGGAAACUUCAAUCAAGGAGGUGGAAAUUGGAACCGAGGUGGACAAGGUGAUUGGAAUCAAGGUGGUCCUGGAGGUUAUGGUAAUGGACCUUGGAACCAAGGUCCUUGGCAUAACCAAGGUCCUGGUGGACCAGGGGGGCCAAUGGGGGGUCCUAGUGGACCUUGGGGACAAGGUGGUUUCAAUCAAAAUAGCGGUCCAUGGAAUCAGGGUGGCCAAGAUGGGUUUGGUAACAACUAUCAACAAGGUUAUGGUGGUGGUGCGAUGAGAAACAGUUACCAGCAACCACGAUCCGCUCCAUACAAUGCCGGUGGUUUCGGUGGUGGAGGUUAUUCCAAUGGCAACCAAGGAGGUCCUGGGCCAAGGAGAUUUUAAAGCAUGUAAGUGCGCUGAUCCACUGCUUGAGAAAGGUUGUUGUACAAAUUAAUUUUGCAGUGCAGGUGUACAUUUCAUAUCAAUUCAAAAUUAUUUUUACAUACCAUUUUUUAUUUAACACACAAAAGUCAUCAGGGACUGAUCGUUAAUAAAAUUUUCAAUGUUUCUGUUCGAAAAAUUGACAUUUGAAAUUUGUGGACUGAUUGAAUUUCCUUUGCUAAGGUUAAUUUUAAUUAUUUAACAUUAAAAUAUAAUAUAGUAGUCAGUGUUUAUGUAGAAAUAAAUUUAAAUUAGGUUUCUUAGUCAGCAAUGAAGAUUUUUUUUUAUUUUUGGACUAUAUAUUACAUUAGAAAUAGGCUAUAUAUAUGUAAAUGUGUUUCCAAUAUUUAUUAAAGAAAUAUGAUAAAAGUAUUCAUUGGUUUUUUAUAAUAUUCAGGUUUAGGUUCAUGAAUAGAUUUCAGGUAUAUCAGCAGGUAGGAUUUGUGUUUGUCAAUUUAAUGAGUGGAAAAUUGAUUAGGUAAAAUACAAAAAAAGAAGUUGAAUAGAAUCGAUAUUGUGUUUGCUUUUCAAUUUCUUCAUCAGAAUGUGUUUAUUUUUGCUGUCUACUGUCAUUACCUAUACUCUUAUUACCUUCUAUAUUUCAGCUGUUAGGAGUAUCAUAGAUCAAUUCAAUUCUCACUUAUAAGUGCAAAUUUCAAAUGUCGCAAUAACUUGAACUAUUAUGAUUUAUUUCCACUCUAUUUGUUGGGCACCUUAGUUUUCUAUAGUAUUUUGAGUAUUGGAAAUAGUGCAGUAUCAAAAUAUGAAUGGAAAGGCGUAUAUCGGGUACGUAUUUAAGAGAAAAUUGCAGCAUAUGCAUUCAAAGAGUUAAGAAAAAAGGAGAAGAUAUGAAAGCUCGGGAGCAGUAUAACAACAUUUGAUAUCCUGCACACCUGAAAAAUAUUGAAGCAAUUGACUCAAAAACUCAAUAUUGCCAAGCUUGAGUUUAUUUUUGUAUUGAAUGUUAUGAAGCACUUUUUUUGAAAAGAACUAACAUCCUUUCAAUGUACAUAUGAAGAAGAGUUCCAAAAUAUUUUUAAUGAAGCGCUUGAUUUUAUUAGAUACGGCUUUGAGGGGCUAACAGUUCAGCGCAAUAUAAAACUUUCACCUAAAGUAAGGUGAGAUAUUCAUUCUGUAUAUGAUUCACCUCUAAAUGUUUUACUACCCUUUGUCAGAUACAUUGAGUGAUGUGGCUCUACUCGGCCACAUGGAAUUAUUGCUGACGGCUUUGAUGAAGAAGAUGAAGAACUUUAUAAAGACCAUAUCAAAGAUGUUUUGUUCUGAGUUCUCCGUUAAAUGAAACUUCAGCCUUUUCAAAAAUGAAAUAUAAUCAGACCAAAUUGAUCGAUAUCUUUUGCCAAAUUUGGUCUGAAAAGGUUCACAACCAGAAUGAAUUCUCUAAUUUGUUCGAACUUCUUCAACUGUUUAUGACUUUCCCUGUGUCCACUGCAAAGGUAUAACUAUUUUUCAAUUUCUUGAAACGCAUCAAAAACUAUCUGAGGAAUUCUAUGUUCCAACAACGUUUAUCAUAUUUAGCUUACUAGCCAUUGCGGUUAAAAACAUUGAUUUAGAGGAAAACUUGGUAAUUUAUGCCAGACGGAAAUCAAGACAUCUAGCUUUGAUUUAAAACAAUGACAAUUUGAAAAGACGUGGAUCAUGUAUAAUUAGAUUACUGUCUACUGUUUAUUUUUAUUUAUAUUUCCUUCGUUUGAACCUUUUCGUUUGUUUGAUUUAUAUUAGUUUUUUGUAUGUAAUAGUUGUAUUUGACUUGAUGACUUGAUGGAACUAUCAACGACAAUUACAAUUCUAUUUAGUUCCCCUCGCAGUGCAAAAAUCCAAUUAUAACAUGAAACAAUAUCUUACAAUACCAUUUUUAGUAUUAGAUUUUAUCUUGCACCCCACUUCCAACUUCCAAUCUUGGCCACUGAGUAAGAUAGCUCCUUUAAGGAGAGUUAUGCUUUAGGACUGUACAAUUUGCCCAAAAAUGUUUAAACUCCGGUUUUAAUUAAGAUGCCAAAUUAGCUUUGAAUAUAAAGUAAAUACCAGUAACGGGAAAAGAUUUAUCCACCUCAGGUCAUCUUAUCUGGUUUACAAAGACUUCUGAGAGCUCUCUUCAACCCAGCGUCGUUAACCAUUAGCAGACUUUUUCUUUUAUAUAACAAGAAAUCGGGGAAAAUGGAAAUUUGCACUUGUCAAUAUGGCUAAGAAAUCUACUUAAAUCCGAUUUUAAAAUGCUUUUACUCGUUAGAAGAA